UCUGCCCUAGGCCCCGAGAAGCUGCGGGGCAGCCGACUCUGAACACCAAAAUCUUUUUCUCUACCCCGCUAUCAAACUCUCUCUUGCGUCCCCUCCCAACCACAACAAGCUUGCCUCUCCAGCCAAACUCCAUCCCGAGACCUCUCCUCGAUAACACAACAACUCAAGAUGGGCUUCACCGACCUCCUCACCGACGCCGGCCUUGCCGUGCUCGACAACUGGCUCCUCACCCGCUCCUACAUCGUCGGCUACUCGGCCUCGCAGGCUGAUGUCGUCACCUUCAAGGCCCUGAGCGGCGCCCCUGACUCCGCCAAGUACCCUAACGCGGCCCGCUGGUACAAGCACAUCGCCUCGUACGAGGAGGACUUCCCGACCCUGCCCGGCGAUGCCAGCAAGCCCUACACCGUCUACGGCCCCGAGGUCUCCGAGGUCACCCUGAACCCCGCCAAGGCGCCGGAGGCUGAGGAGGGCGAUGAGGACAUUGAUCUCUUCGGCAGCGACGAGGAGGAGGACGCCGAGGCCGCCCGCAUUCGCGAGGAGCGCCUGGCUGAGUACCGCAAGAAGAAGGAGAGCAAGCCCAAGGUUGCCGCCAAGUCGGUUGUGACCAUGGAUGUCAAGCCCUGGGACGACGAGACCGACAUGGUUGGUUUGGAGGCUGCCGUCCGCGGUAUCGAGAAGGACGGUCUGGUCUGGGGUGCCUCCAAGUUGGUCCCUGUCGGCUUCGGUAUCAAGAAGCUGCAGAUCAACCUGGUCGUUGAGGACGAGAAGAUCUCGCUCGACGAGCUCAGCGAAGAGAUCCAGGGCUUUGACGAAUACGUCCAGUCCGUCGAUAUCGCUGCCAUGCAGAAGCUCUAAAUUUGUCGGUCUAUAGGCGCUGCCCUAGAUACGAGACAUAAUGAGAAAUGAUGUGGCUGGCAUGGUACACGUAGUGCGCUUGGUCUAGCGUGAAGUCGAGCAAGUUUCUACCUACAUACAGGUACAUGCAUACUUGUGGAGGUCA